AUGGUGAGGGCAGACGGUAAACAGACACUACUUCCGGGAAACUUUACAGUGGCAGCCGCCAUGAAAAUAUUCGAACCUGCUUCCGGUGGUACUUGUGGCCAAAGAGCUGAUGUAAGAUCUGUGCAGCUUCUGGAGGCGAUGAAAUGGUAUUUGCAGCGUAUCAAUGAAAACGGCGGACUGCCGUUCAAAAUAGGUCUGGAGGCAUUUCCAACGUGCGGUGGCGUUGAAAGAACGGCGAGAUACGGACUGGAACUUAUGGCACGCUCCUCAACCAAAUCAAUGGGGAAUCCCGAGAUCAUUGCCGGCGUUGUCGGUCCUGAGCUCAGCACUGAGGCACGAGUUCUCUCCCCUAUCCUCGGAUCAGUGGCCCCAGAAGACCGGUUGUUACAGCUCGGGUUUUCCACAUCCGCAGCAGAUCUUGGUGACAAGAAAUUGUAUCCGAAUUUUGCUCGAGUGAUUCCAUCCGACAACGUGCAAGUUGAGGUAAUGGUUCAGACAAUGCUGUCCCUCGGUUGGAACCGAAUAGCUGUCAUAUAUGAGGACACGUCUUACGGAAACGAUGGUCUUGUGCAACUUCAAGCUCGGAGCCGCGAAGUCGGUAUUUGCAUAUCAGUUUCACAGCGAAUCCAUCUUGAUAACGGGGUUGAUUCUAAGAAUCUCACGGAUGCUCUGACAAAAUGCUCCAUCAAUCAAAUUAAUGGCCUCGUCUUUUACGGAACGGCAAACAUCGCAAAUAAACUGUUUGAAGCCAUGCACAUAAGUGUUUACACCAACGUUCCGACUGUUUUCCUGUCUGAAACCGUCAACCAGGACUUUUCAGUGUUUCAGAAUUCGAACGGAGAUGUUAUACCUAAAUCAGAAGGUUCAAUUACUCUUUCUGCGUCCUUUCUUGAAAUACCGGAAUUAAAAUCUCACUGGAAAUCGGUUUUCACCAAUGCAACGGUAUUUUCUGAAGAGACCACAACCAAUCCCUGGCUUCGGGAUGUGUUCGACUCAAUCACAGGAUGUUCGAAUUCCCCUUGCCAUUUUGUGUCUCUGAGUGAACAAGCGUUCUCGAAAGCAUUUCCGGAUCCUCAACCAGUGCAUGUUUCAUACGCAAUCCUCGCAAUACAUGCCUUUGUCAAGCUUGUAGAUGAUCUCGUCAAGGAUUUGUGUGGCGCUUCUGAAACAUUAUGUACCAACAUCACUACUUCGUUUAUGCCUGGUUUUAUGAUCGACAAAAUACAACGACUGCUGAUAGAUUUCCGAACGGAUUUUAAAUGGAGUUUGGAGAGUCUGAGAAAUAAGCCACUGAUAAGUAUGCAAAAAGCAGAAAUUUUCAUGGAUACGCCAUUCAGUGUGUUCAACUUUAAGAAAACAUCGAAUUCGUUUGAAUUUGAAAAGGUAGGGGAUUUUAAAAACGGAAGUCUCACAUUGAACAAAACUCUGCUUUCACCGAAUGUGAAGUCCGCAGUAUGCCCGGUUGGAAAGCAUUGUGACGAAUGUUAUUCAAUGGCGGAACUUCACGAAGCGAUUCUGUUCGAAGAGGGAGAAGUAUAUGUCGUUGGCGUAAAUGGAAUAUUUCGAGAAGGGACGAAUGGUUGUGGUGAAAUUUAUUCCACAAGCACGUAUCAGAUCGUUGAAUCUAUUAAAUUCGCUGUCAAUAAAGCGAUGCAAGACGACGCACCGUUGUCAGGCAUGAGGAUAGGAUUAAUUGUUCUGAGUUCUUGUAACAGCCCAUCUGUGAUUCAAAGAAAGCUUUACUCCCUAGUCCAAAAUGGUGUUUUGUUGCAUAACGGAUCUCGAAUAAAUGUAGCCGAUAGAAUAAUCGGAUUUAUUGGAGGACGUGCAAGUACAGUUAGCAUGGCUAUCGCUGAAGUUUUGUCAAAGUUGCGAUUUGUGCAAAUAAGCUAUGCGUCAGCCAGUCCCGAGCUAAGUGAUAGAGUUAAAUACCCAUACUUUAUGCGGACCGUCACUCCUACCGACCCUCAGGCUUUAGCUAUGAUUCAAGUAAUUAAAAAACUCAAAGCGGACUAUAUUCAGAUGGUUUACAGUACUGAUGCAUAUGGAAUAGGUGGUCUAAACAAGAUAAAAGCGUUGGCUUUCGAGAACAGCGUGUGCCUUAUACAAGCGUUACCUGUAACCGAAGUAUCAGAAAACCCUUUCUCUGAAAUCGUAAGAAAAUUAAGACGUUACCCCACAGCAAAACUUGUUAUUGUAUUUCUUGGUACCAGUAUAAUUGAACCAUUUCUCGCAGACCUUCAGUUUCAGGGUUUGAAAAAGGGUGAAUUUGUUUUUAUUGGACCUCAUACGUGGGCAAAGAACCAGAACAUCGUCAACAUGAAAGGAGAACAAAUUAUCUUUGGUGCAAUUACGAUGGCUCUUGAGAUAGCUCAAAUUUCGACACUCGUAGAGGCAAUAAAAACAAUAACACCACAGCCAUUUUACCAAAAUCCCUGGGCUACAAUGUACUUGCAGAAUAAUUUCAAUUGUUACUUUGGCUUUAGUUUUGACAAGACUCAGCCUGGCCAAUGUCCUAACGACAAACCGUUAAACGUAGACACCCUUGCGCUUGAUUACCAACCAAUACUUGCCUACAUUGCUACUAAAGCUCUAAUACAAGGAGCCACCGCGCAUCAUAAAGCUGAAUGUGGGGCCGCCGUGAAGAGACUUUGUCAGAGUUUCCUGGAUAAUCCCGAAGGUCUAGUUAAGCAUAUACAGGAAACUAGAUUCGACAUAGAACAAAACGGAAUUUUAAUCAAUAUCUUCAACAGCAAUGGUGAUGCGCAAAUCGGAUAUCGUAUUUACAACAUUCAACCGGAAAUACAAAACAAGCAGAAUCUAUUUUACAAGGAGGUGGGCCGGUUCCCGCUUGAUGGAACGUUAACGCUGGAGGUAGACAAGCUGGUCUUCCCGGAGGGUAAUGUGACGUCCGUGUGCCCAGAUGAGCGCCACUGCGCCACAUGCAAACCCGUUUCAGGAGUCACCACGACAGCGAGUCCGCCGAAGGAAGUAACUGGCGGCAUAAUUGCGCUAAGUGUCGUAUUCGGAGUAGCAAUACUUGCAGUGAUAUUCCUUGUGGUGGCAAUAUUUUGUUUGCGGAAAGCACACACUAGAGACAAAGACAGGAUUUACCUUAACCCAAUAGAGACUGAUUUGCGUCGCAUAGGUUACACGAACGAGCAAUUCAACGGUCAAAAUAUCCAACAAGGGCCUUCGGAAGCAGGUUCUUCGCACUUGCCACCAGCAGUGAUCGGCAGGAGUCACGAGGAGACGCCACCACGCUACCAUGACGGAGGUAACUUGACCCAAAGCGGCCCCUUCCAUGAAAUUAAACCAGAAGAGGAGCAAAGAUAAGCGCGGGGACCGUAUUUUAAUGAAGUCGCCAUAUGCAUUUUAAUGACAAAAUUAGUGUAAAUACACGGAUAUAUGCAUAUAUGAAUUUAAUGGCGUAAUGGAUUGCUACAAUUGAGGAUUUGAUUGACGUAUUAUUGAAUAACUAUAAUUAUGUCAUCAAAUGUUUCUACGAUAACAUCACAAUAUGUAUCGUUCAUGCAGUCAUAGAUCGUAACGGUUGAAAUAAUAUCUUUUAUAUAGUCUGACAAUCAAUUUGAUACUUGCUUAAUGCCAGCAGUAAUCAAGUAUAACAUCAAAUACGAAUUAACGGACGACAAAACCCAAGGAGGAUAAUGAGGAAGUGUACUAAUGAUGCAUAACGCUGUGAGAUGAUGAUCAUAGCACACUUGGUGACGUUUAAUUAUGAAAAGUCCAAUAAUGAAAAAAUAACCUAUAAUUCUACAUAACAGUGAUACAAAUGUCUGAUUGUGUUUUCUUGUAUGCAAAAACAUUGUCACCAGUCUUAAAGGGACUCGUUCACAGUUUGGUGAAAUGGCGAUUUCAAAAUAGGUAUCGUGUAUUAAAAAAGGAUCAAUGCAUUAUGUUUAAACAAGCGAAAUAAAAGUAAAAAAUAAUAAAAAUGGUUCAUUAAUGUUUAAUCGUCAUUCAAAAAUGGUGAAAUAAUACAGCAUGUGUAACGCUUUUCCUUGAUAAUAGUGAAAAUACGUGUAGUACUAACAUAGCGUUUGAACUUCGCUGUAAAAUAAUAAAGCCAACGUGGCGAAGAGGUAAUGAACUAGCGUGGCGCAGAGGUAAUCGACUAGCUUUGUGUUGUAGUGGGUCCGGAGAAGGUUAUACUUGUAUUUUGUCCUUUUGUUAUAAUCAAAUAAGAAUUACAUAAGUAAAUAUAUAGAGGAUAUUUGUUGGAUUUGGUGGAAUAUCUAGUUUAAUUCACGAGUGAUCAUAGAAAAUGAUAUUUUCACGAGUGACGUUUCGGUUACAUAGUGUUAUGUUGCUAUUCGUAUGCACAUGACAGGAAUUAAUUUGUAUAGUUGAGUAUGAAGACGAUGUAUUGUGUAUAAGUCUGAAUAGCUUUCUGAAUAAACUGCCUGUAUUAUAUAUGACAUGUUUAAACACACCCUAAGAAAAUAUAACAAAUGUCUUCAUUACUUUGCUCACUGUUUACGCAAACUAUGUUUUUUCGCCUUAAGAAAAUGUUCGCCAAAUUGUGUUAUUCUUCUUGUUUGUGUUUCCCGAUUUUCAGUUGGGUCUUCAGCAACAUUAAAUAUAAAUUGACAUAUCAUGCUUUGUUAUGUGUAAUUGUUUGUUAUGUGUAAUCAUUAUAUGUCUAUAUCAAUAGUUUUAAUUGAUUUGACCAGCUUUUAAAUGCUGUUGCUACAAAACACGUUCAAAUAUGUCAUGAAAUCAGUUUGGUAGAUAAGCAAAACUUUGCUAAAAAAAAUGUCAUUUCUUUUAUGUGUGAUUUUGCACAGUACCCUAGAAUGCAUAGCCAAUACUUUCAAGAUUGAGGCAAACAGUAUGGGAAACAUUUGUCCGUACAGUCUUAUUCACAUCAGAUAAUAUACAAAUAGUUUCAGAUUUACAUGUGCACGGAUUUAAGACCUUGGACCAAAAAAUGAAGUACAACAUCCGCCUACUAAGUACAAAUGAAACUCUUUAUAUCGCAUUCUACUUUUGGAAAUUAUAUUCCGUCUUGAAAAUGUAUAUGGCAUGCCUGGAUAUGUAUCAAGAAAACAUAUAUAUGAUAAUAAAGUACAAAUUGUUUUACUG